AUCGUAUUCUCCGAUCAGUGGUUCUACCGACGACGUUAUAUGCGGACGACUGGCGUAGAUCGCACUGCUUUGAUUCGAGUGCGAGUAGAAGUGCUGUUCAAAUCAAAAUAGUAAAUACCUAAAAUAUAUGUGUAUCAAGAGGUGAUCACAGAACAGCAUAAGAUUGGAAACUGAACCCAGAAAUGAUGUCUAAGCGAUUAUUGGCUCAUACCAGUCGGGUCCUUCCCCGCACCUUGGUCCGCAGCAGCUCCAGCUCAACACUGCGCUCGAAGGCUGCGCCCGCCGCGAUGAACCAGGUGCAGAGUGAGAUGCCCGAGUGCGGUCAUCGUCCUGUGGCCUACGAAGGAUCCAGCUAUGAGCAGAUCCUCAAGACGCGACGCAACCACCUGACACCCAACCUGCUAGCGCACUUCAAAAAACCGCUGGUGAUCCAUACGGGCCACAUGCAGUGGCUGUACGAUCACGAGGGACGGCGCUACCUGGAUAUGUUUGGCGGAAUUGUCACUGUGUCUGUGGGACAUUGUCACCCGAAAGUGAACCAGGCGCUGAACGAGCAGACCGCCAAGCUGUGGCACACGACCAACAUCUACAUGCACCCGAAGAUUCACGAGUACGCCGAGCGGCUGGUGGCCAAGUUCCCAGGGAACCUGAAGAGCGUUUGCUUCGUGAACUCCGGCUCGGAGGCCAACGACCUGGCCAUGCUGAUGGCGCGCCUGCACACAGGCAACCAGGACAUCCUCUCCUUCCGCAACGCCUACCACGGCAUGUCGCCGUACACCAUGGGACUGACGGCGCACUCCACCUGGCGCUUCCCGUUGCCGGGGGUCAACAACGGGUUGGUGCACGUGAUGAAUCCCGACCCCUACCAGGGCAUUUGGGGCGGCUCAUCCUGCCGGGACUCGCCCGUGCAGACGACGCGCGACUGCCAGUGCCGGGAUGGCUGCCAGGCGGGCGACGCCUACUACAACGAGCUGGAGGAAACCUUCAAGUACUCGUUGCCGCGCGGCAAGGUGGCGGCGAUGUUCGCCGAGUCCAUCCAGGGGGUCGGCGGCACGGUGCAGUUCCCCAAGGGCUACCUAAAGCGGGCAGCCGCACUGGUCAGGGCGAACGGUGGACUUUUCGUGGCCGACGAGGUGCAGACGGGCUUCGGACGCACCGGCGAGCACUUCUGGGGCUUCGAGGGCCACGACUAUGUGCCCGACAUAGUCACCAUGGCCAAGGGCAUUGGCAACGGCUUUCCACUGGCCGCCGUGGUCACCACGCCCGAAAUCGCCGCCUCCCUGGGCCAGGCUCUGCACUUCAACACCUACGGUGGCAACCCGAUGGCCAGUGCCGUGGGAAUCGCCGUGCUGGACGUGAUUGAGGAGGAGCAGCUGCAGCGCAACUCGCUGGAGGUGGGCACCUUCUUCCUGAAGGGUCUGGCCGAGCUGCAGGAGCGCUUCGAGAUCGUCGGAGAUGUGCGGGGCAAGGGCCUGAUGAUCGGCGUGGAGCUGGUGGGCAAUCGCGAGAAACGCACCCCGCUGGCCACGCCACACGUACUGGAGAUCUGGGAGAAGUGCAAGGAUCUGGGCGUGCUCUUCGGACGCGGAGGCCUCCAUGGAAACGUGCUGAGCUUGAGGCCUCCUCUGUGCCUUUGCAUCGGAGAUGUGGAAUUCGCCCUAGAGACAUUGGAGGCAGCCUUUAAGUUUCACAUGAGCAAAAGCCCUCGCAGCUGGAGAAUCAGCCAAAGGACGAGAUAGGAUAACAAUUGUACUUCAGAGCUCAUUUAUUCACUUUGCUUACAAGCUAGUAAUUAAACAACGAUAUAGAGCAGCAUUAUGACCAAAAAUCGAUUCCAAAAGUGAGCGAUUUUUGAGCGAGGCUUUGACUUAGUUGUAUUUAUCCUUAGUUGUAAAAAUUAAAUUGUGAUGUGGAUCAUGGUCGUUACCCUAAGGCGCGGUUUUUGAGGGAAACGUACGUGUGAACGAAAUCCUUUAACAUAAAAACUGCUUAAAAUAGCGUAAUGUUUGGUUUGAGCAUAAUAUAAAAACAAAAAACACGAAAAUCGCCUUUGCUUAAAAAAGCUAAUGCAAAAAUGCAGUCAGUCCAGGAGAUUCACUUGUGAUGGGGAAGCUCUCGUGUUUCACAUGGGGGAACUCCAUUCAAUGUGGCUCCUGCUAAACUUGUAUGUCAUGGUGCUUUUCUUCGUUGUCAGCGACUAGCAGCGUCUCUGACAGUUCCUUCCUCGCCUUUUGAACAACCCAAAACAUCAGGACCACGCCACAAAUGACCUUUAAAGAGACAAAAGUUAGGAAUAAUUUUGUAUCACUUUUACUAUUUGCUACUGCAUCUAAUUUUAAUGUGUAUAUUAGUGCAAAAGAAAUGAAGUGGAAAGGACCGCUAAAACCGGAGAUAUAAAGCUUCAUUCAUAGGGCAUUUUGUGAAAUUUGUCGUUUUUUUUCAAAACUUUACAAAACAAUAAUGUUUUUAUACCCUUGCAGAGGGUAUUAUAAUUUCAGUCGGAAGUUUGCAACGCCGUGAAGGAGACAUUUCCGACCCUGUAAAGUAUAUAUAUUCUUGAUCAGCAUCACUAGUAGGGUCGAUCUAGCCAUGUCCGUCUGUCCGUCUGUCAGUCUGUCCGUCUGUCCGUCCGUAUUUACGCAAACUAGUCUCUCAGUUUUAAAGCUAUCUGAAUGAAACUUUCCCAAAAGUUGUCUUUCUAUUGCAGGUCGUAUAUAAGUCGGAACGAGCCGGAUCGGACGACUAUAGCAUAUAGCUCCCAUAGGAACAAUCGAAAAAAUAAAUAAGAAAAAAUUAAAA